AUGGCUUCUGAUAGAAUUGAUAUUACACAGCCACUUUGGGAUCAGAGUACAUUUUUUGGAAGAGUUAAGCAUUUUGCUUUUAUCACUGAUCCAAGAACCGUAUUUACUUCUGAUGCAAAACUAGAAAAAGCAAAAGAAUUAUAUAAUGCAUAUAAAAAUCAAAAUGAGCCAAAAGGCACAUCUAUGGAUGAAGUUAUUUAUGCUAAAAAACUUUACGAAUCUAGCUUUCAUCCUGAUACCGGAGAAAAGCAAAAUUUGUUUGGAAGAAUGUCCUUUCAGGUUCCUGGCGGAAUGUUAAUUACUGGAGCUAUGCUUCAAUUUUAUAAAACAUCAACUGCAAUUAUUUUUUGGCAAUGGGUUAAUCAAUCGUUUAAUGCAUUAGUCAAUUUUACUAAUCGUAAUGCUAAAUCACCUGUGUCUACAACUCAGUUGGUAACUGCUUAUGUUUCUGCUACUGGUGCUGCCCUGGUAGCAGCAUUAGGUUGCAAAAAAUAUUUAGCCAAUAAAGCCAAUCCACUUUUUCAGAGAUAUGUUCCAUUUGUGGCUGUGGCUGCUGCAAAUUGUGUGAACAUUCCUCUUAUGAGACAAGGAGAAUUAAUUAAUGGAAUUGCUUUGAUGGAUGAAAAUGGAAAUUAUGUUACAGAUUCAAAACUAGCUGCUGCUAAGGGUAUUUCUCAGGUUGUAUUUUCCAGAAUAUUUAUGGCAUUUCCAGGAAUGACUGUCAUUCCCAUUAUAAUGGAAAAAAUUCAGUCUAAACCAUUGUUUUGUAAAUAUCCAAAUAUUCAAGGUCCUGUUCAAGUGCUUGCAGCUGGACUUUCAUUAAUUUUUAUGGUACCGAUUGCUUGUGGACUUUUCCCUCAAAAAUGCGAAAUAUCAUACUGCACAUUACAGAAAUACGAAUCAUCAGCCAUAGAAAAAUUGAAAAAAAAUAUAGAACAACCCUAUCCAACUAAAAUGUAUUUUAACAAAGGUCUCUAA